CGAGGAGGCCGUGGGUGCCGCGGGCUCCAAGACGGAGAUGCUGCGCUUCGCGGUGCCCGCGCUGGGCAUCUCGCUGGCCGCCCCCCUGAUGAGCAACAUCGACAACGGCUUCGUGGGUAGGCUCGACGGCACGGUCGGUCUGGCGGCCAUGAACCCCGGCACGAUCUUGUCGGACUACCUGCUCUACCUGUUCAUCUUCCUGCCCCGCGCCACGGUCGGCCUGGUGACUCGCGCCCGUGCCCGCGGGGAGGAGGAGGCGCGGCGAGAGCUCGGCUGCGUCCUCAGCGUGGCCCUGCUCCUAGGAGCAGGGCUCACUCUGGUGCUGGUGCUCGGCGCUCCCGCGCUGCUGGGCCUGCUGGGCGUGUCGCCCUCGCUGCGCCCCGCCGCGGGGAGGUACGUCAGGAUCCGCGGCACGGUGGCGUGGGCAGCCCUCAUGCAGAGCGUGGCGCUGUCGGGUCUGCUGGCCUUCCGGGACAGCAUGACGCCGCUGAAGGUCGUGGCCGCCGCCGCGUGCCUGAAUUUCGCCGGCGACUGGCUGUUCUGCGCCUGGCCCAUGCGGGCCGGGGUUGCGGGGGCGGCAGCAGCAACCGCGAUGUCUACCUUAGCGGGGUUCUGUCUCAUGCUGGGAGCGCUCCGGAAGAAAGGCCUGCUGCCUAGAAUUCGCGCAGUAUCAUGGAGAGACAUGGAGCCCUUGAUGGAGUAUGCCCGACCCCUGUCUGCGAUUAUACUCACCCGGUUUUUAGGCCUCACUGCCAUGUCCCUUGCGGCUGCCAGAUUCGGAACCGUUCAUCAGGCUGCGUACCAGAUCCUUGCGAACCUGGUCAUUAUCUGCGGCCUGUGUGGUGAGCCUAUCAGCCAGACAGCGCAAACAAUGUUGCCUCAGAUAUUUGAUGCAGACCCCCCCAGGCCACGGGAGGCGAGACGUGCGCUGGGAAAUCUCUUGGCGAUCGACAUCACAGUGGGAGCUGCGGUCUAUCUUCUCUCUACCAUGUUCCUGAAAUUCGGAAGCCGGAUUUUUACGAAGGACGCGGCGGUGGCAGCGUUGGUCUCCAGCGCUGGUAUACCAAUGGUGCCCAUUUGCAUCGCGUCCCUGGUGCUCGCGCAGUUGAUUGAUGGGACGCAGGUGGCAGCCAGGCAGUUCCCAUUCGUGAUCCGCAUGUCAGUUGUCACGCUGUGCGUGCAGCUCGUCUUUUUGAGCGUUGUGCUGCGGCUGAGCCUCGGGCUGCCAGGGAUUUUCCUGUCUUUAGCCUCGCGGUACUGGAUCCUAGCAGCAGCAACUAUGAUUCAAAUGGUGAGCGGGUCGGGCAAUCUUGGACGGGCAAUAUGGAGCUAGAUCAGAGGGCACAGCAUGAGAAACAUCAUCUCGGAUCGGUCAUUUGCUCCGUGCAUUCUGCACAUCAGUUACCCUUCUAUUCGC